GUGUGGGAGUUUGGGACCUCGGUGGGCAUGCGAGAGCUUGCUGCAAUCCAUGGCUACCUCUUCACCCAUGCCGGAAACACCUGGAAGAGCAACCAGCAGACGGCCCUGACGCUAAGUGCUGCUGGCGUCAAAGAUGGUGAUCUGGUUGAGUUCAUGGGGGACUUUGAGCCAGUUGCAGGCGACGUUGCGCGUGCAGACACAGGCACGGACACAGGCGCAGACGGAGCCGCUGAGGCGGGUGAGCCCAGCAAGGAUGACGUGGGCAAAGCCACCGAAGGUGGCGUGGACACAAGCGCUGACACGGACAAAGGCCUUGCGAAACCCAGGACACCCGUCAAGAUGGAUGCAAAGGUCUCCCCGGAAGCGUCCGAGGAUACCACUGGCCCACCUGCCUCAAAGGAAGCUGCGGCUCCAGCACAGCCGCCACCUGUCCCUAAAGCUCAGAUCAAGGUAACUCUGAUAGAUCACAAGAAGCGCAGCCGGGAAUGUAGCGGCAGAGCUAUUUUGGAAACCUCUGUUUGGGACUUUGGCGUGUCCGUGGGUAUGGACCACCUGGCGACACUUCAUGGCUACGUAUUUUCCUAUGCUGGCCAGACAUGGGAGAGCAACCAGUAUCCGACGCUGACUUUAGCCGAAGCAGGCGUCAAGGAUGGGGAGAUGGUCACCUACUCAGGGAACUUCGAGCCCGUCGUGUAUCUUCACGUCACUCUGACGGACAAAGACGGGAACCGCCAGAGGUUCGGGAAAGCUUCCCCUCUGACAUCCGUUUGGCUUUUUGGGGAGCUCCUGGGCCUUAGGACGAUGGAGCAGCAGGUCCCGCCAGGACGAGGGUUCACCUUCCGCAAGGACGGUGGUCCCACGUGGAGGAGUAGACAGUACCCCAACCUCAUGCUUGCAGCCACGGCUGUGAAGAGCGGGGACCACGUCGAAUUUGCGGUCGAGCCUCCAGAGAAAGCUGAGGAGGAUUGA